AUGCCAUCAGCCACAGAGUACCCCCUAGUCCUCGUCACCGCCGUUAACGGCUUCAUCGCAUCCUGGACCGCCAAAGCAUUCCUAGAUGCCGGCUACAAUGUCCGCGGAACAACCAGGUCUGCCAAAUCGAGUCACUCGAUGCUUGAAGCCGAACCUUUCAAGUCCUAUGCUUCUGAUGGCCGGUUCAGCAUUGUGCAAGUCCCCGAUAUUACGCUUCCGGGCGCAUUCGAUGAUGCCGUCCGUGGAUGUCAUGCCAUAGCACAUACUGCAUCGCCCAUGUCGCUGAAUUUCUCAGAUCCGGAACCCGUUAUCAACACAGCUGUACAAGGUGCAAGAUCUGUACUUGAUUCCGCUCAUUCGAGUUCCGGCACUGGGUCGUCGACGGUGAAGUCAUUCGUCCUACUUUCAUCUAUUGCGGCUGUGGUUGGGAAAAAGCCAGAUGAUAAUGCGGCCUAUAGAUUCACGGAAGCCGACUGGGAUGAUGUAUCCGAGAAAGAGGUCGCACGCCUAGGCAAGCAGACACCAUCUAUGAUGAUAUACAAGGCAAGUAAGACGGCCGCGGAACGAGCCAUGUGGGAUUUCCAAAGGGAUAAGAAGCCGAGUUUUACCAUGACUGCAAUCAAUCCUGUCUAUGUUUGGGGACCACCGUUGUUAUUUCCAGAAGACCCCGAGGACCUGAACAUGACAGCCAAGAUUGUUUGGACGGUUCUGUCCGGUCAAGAUAUUCCACCUCCUUUCGGUGGCUCCAAUGGCUCGGUCGAUGUUCGGGACGUGGGUCGUUUAAUCUUGUUUGCAGUCCAAGAAAGCGAAAAAGCAAAUAAUCAGAGAUUCAUUGCGGCGUCUGGAGUUAGAAGCCAUCAGGCAGUUGCAGAUAUUUUGCGCGAGAUAUAUCCUGAGAGAAGGAAUAUUAUCAAAGAGGGCAAUCCUGGAGAGGGCUAUUUGCCUGACUAUAGCUUUCCGGAAGACACCCCAGCGGCCAAAGUUGAUAAUAGCAAGGCUGUCAGAGUAACUGGAAAGGAAUGGAUUGGUCCUAGACAGAGCGUUGUUGAUGCAGCAAAGGCGCUUGAGCGUUAUUUAUAG